AGUAAUUUUUGGCCUUAUCGCUCUUUUCUGAACUGACUAGGGGUCAUCCAUUGGCGGGCCUGUCAGUUGACGUUGACCCCACUUGAUGCAUGGAUAACCUGUGUACAUAAGAUAGCUCGACGACCGCGUGAAUCGAGUAUAACGCUCAUAUACAGGUAUUAUAGGACACACUGUUUUUGCUGACUAAUACAACAUGGCCGCCUCAAUAUUUCUGAGUUUCAGCGACAACCCAGUGUUCAAGCAAUAUGCAACUUACGCAGCCGUGGUCACUCUAAAGAUGAUGUUCCUGUCGGCUUGGACAGCUAAGCACCGAAUAUCUCAGAGGGUAUUCAUUAACUCGGAAGACACACCCGGCAAGCCGCAGUACGUACGGCGGGAUGACAGUGUUGAACGAGUUCGUAGGUGUCACCGUAACGACUUGGAAAACAUCCCACCUUUUCUAGUCCUGGGACUUCUUUACGUCCUGACCGGACCCAGCGUCUCUGCAGCCUCCUGGCACUUCAGGAUCUUCGCGGCGUCUCGUUUCCUCCACACCGUGGCUUACCUGACGCCCCUGCCGCAGCCGAGCCGCGCGCUCGGGUUCACGGUAGGCCUCAUCAUCAACGUCUCCAUGGCAGUGCAGGUGAUUAUGAGCGGACAGCUGUAGCGCAUCGGCUUAUCAUGUCAGAAUGCGUCAAAAUCGCAAACAGGCUGCAGAUGUGGAACUUUGUCAACGCGUCUUUCCACUGCAACCUGAUGGAGAUAUGGCAUCGCUACUAUGACCUUGAACGGACAUUUCAGACUUGAUUUUCUAAGAUUUUGAUCUUCUCUUACAACAUGCAUGUAGAUUUGGUGAGACCAAUCAUUUUCUCUACGAUAAAGCCAAUUUUGUGAUUGCCUUAAUUCUGUUUUACAUUUUUUAAAAUAUUCAUUUUUAUUGCUUGAUUUCUUUUUGCUAUGCUUUUAAAGACAUUAACGAUAUUAAAUAAUCAACAUGAAGUGAAAAAGUUGGCGAGUUGUUAUUGUUAUUGUUAUAAAAACGCUGGUGUUUACCAGGCAUGCGUCUUGGAGGAACAAAGAUGCUUGACGGCUUUAGUGUGUGGACUUUUUUCAGUCGGCUGUGGAGGAAGGGACGCGACUGAUGGGUGAGCCGGCAAGCAUCCCAGUGGGUGGGUGAGCAUUUCUGUGCGAAUUGUUUCGGGCGGGAAGAAUUCCAAUUCUACGGACGCGUUGUUGCCAUUUUUGUAGAACUGCCCUCCUACGUACAGCACGGGGCUACGUUCACUUGGCAAAUGGGACAAAUACUGAGCGCGUGGGCAAAAAAUAAGAAAUAGAAAAAAAAUGCCCACAAGGCAAGUUUGAUUACAAACAGUGCCAUCUGUAGUUUAAAACGUGCUCACCUCCGUCUCAUUUUCGAACGUGCAGGGACGCCUGAUUGGUGUCGCGAUUGGACUGAUUGCGGAAUCUCGACUUGAAAAAUACAAACACAUCUGUGAUGAGGAUGUCAAGGCUAUUGCUCUUCUUCCUCGUGAAGCAAGCUGAAAUGUAUCAGCCUUUCGUGCUGCUGCAGUGUCGCGCGAGUCGUCUUCGUCGGGUGCUUGGCUAACAAC